UGAUUUAAGGCGUGGCGGUUUGGGGAAGCGCAGGUAGAGAGUCACCCAAACUCUCGCGGGUCAUAGGUUGCUGUUUUCGUUCAACAGAAGUAAACACAAAACGAUCCCGCAGACCCUUCAGAUAGAAACUUGAGGAAGGAAGACUGGAACCGGAAAAGCUGCUGGAAGUCUGUAAUUAUCGUCCAGGGAGAGCGUCAUUUAGUCCGUGGUGGUCUCACAACUGUCUUAUGGUUUUUUAUUUAUUUAUAUAUAUAUUUAUUUAUUUAUUUUUUAAAUAUAGACUUUAUUUCGUUUUUAUUUCAAAACCAACAACAUUAAUAAGCGCUGAUCUGUGCGUGCUCUCAGAAAAAUCUGUAGGCCUACUCGCGUGAGGUGGUGGAUCAGAAGAAAGAGAGCGACCUUUUUGAUUUGCAUUUUUAAGAAAUGGGCGAUAAUGAAAUCGAAGAUCAGGACACUUUUCCCGUGCGAAUGGACGAGGAAUGUGAUAUUCGAGGAAAUCCCAAGAGAAGAAGUCGGAGGGUAGAGAAUAUUCAGAAGAAUGUUUCUAGAUGGAUGCUUCCCGAGGAGCUACGGGAGACGUAUUUGGAGCGCGCGAACUGCUGUCCGCCACCAGUCUUCAUCAUCCUCGUCAGUUUAGCGGAGUUGGGAGUGUUUAUCUACUAUGCGGUAUGGAAGCCUCAAAAGCAGUGGAUAACCCUGGGAACAGGGAUCUGGGAUAGCCCUCUUACCUAUAAGCCUGAAAACCGUGAGGAGGCUUGGCGGUUUCUCUCCUACAUGUUUGUACAUGCCGGUGUGGAGCAUAUAAUGGGAAACCUGAUCAUGCAGCUUUUUCUGGGCAUUCCUCUGGAGCUGGUGCAUAAGGGCUUUGAAGUUGGCAUGGUCUAUAUGGCUGGGGUCCUCGCAGCUUUUGAGCUAGAUUUACCAAACUCGGGUUGA